AGGCGCGAAUUUGUAGCAUUUUGUUUAUGUCAUUUACGUUUUUGGCAACAUUCUUUUUGUCUUUCAGUUUUGGUGGAAAAAGCUCGUAGUUCGUAUUGAACGAUUUCGAGCGUUUUUCCAUAAAACCACUGUUUUAUUUUGUGAUAAUACAUCUUAAAUCUCUAUAUUUAGUUGUAAGAACCUUGCCGCAAACAAAUCUGUUCGUUAUCUCCGACUGGGAAUACUUUUUGCGUUUCGUGCUUGUGUUGCUGACAAAUCGAUUCGGCGUUGCGAAGUUUCAGGUUAUAUUAAUAAAUUACGAGUUUUCAUUAACAUUUGUUUCUAAAAUGGAAAACAUGGACGUAGCUCAAGAAGGCACAUCGGCGGCGUCGACGCCCAUACUCGAGAAUGGUGGCUUGGAUGGGAUCGGCGGUGAGACCGGGCCCGACAAGAAUGUCACCGCCGAGGAGAUGACUUCUAGGGAUUACUACUUCGACUCGUACGCGCACUUCGGUAUCCACGAGGAGAUGCUCAAAGACGAAGUUCGGACGCUCACAUACAGAAAUGCCAUGUAUCACAACAAGCAUUUGUUCAAAGGAAAGGUGGUCCUUGACAUUGGGUGUGGUACUGGCAUCCUGUCCAUGUUCGCAGCUAAAGCUGGUGCAGCAAAGGUGAUAGCAGUGGAGUGCUCCAACAUUGUAGACUAUGCACGGAAAAUUGUUGAAGCCAACAGGCUGAGUGAUGUUAUUGAUAUUGUCAAAGGAAAGGUUGAAGAAGUGGAAUUGCCAGUGGAAAAAGUGGACAUAAUUAUAUCAGAGUGGAUGGGCUACUGCCUGUUCUAUGAGAGCAUGUUGGACACAGUGCUGUACGCCUUAAGAGACAAGUGGCUCAAGCCUGAUGGCAUGAUGUUCCCAGACAGAUGCACAUUAUUCAUCUGUGGUAUUGAGGACCGUCAGUACAAAGACGAGAAGAUCAACUGGUGGGAUGAUGUGUAUGGCUUCAACAUGUCUUCCAUCAGGAAGGUGGCGAUAUCAGAACCGCUGGUUGAUGUGGUUGAUGCUAAACAGGUGGUGACCAAUUCGUGUUUACUCAAAGAGAUAGAUUUAUACACAGUCAAGAAAGAGGAUCUCAACUUUGAGUCCAAGUUUCAUAUACAGGUGCGGCGUAACGACUUCAUCCAAGCACUGGUGACGUUCUUCAACGUGGAGUUCACGAAGUCUCACAAGCGGCUCGGCUUCAGCACCGCGCCCGAGGCGCCCUACACACACUGGAAGCAGACCGUCUUCUACUUCGACGACUACAUGACGGUGAAAAAGUUCGAAGAGAUCACUGGAACGUUCUCGAUGCGUCAGAACGCGCGCAACAAUCGCGAUCUGGACUUUGAAAUAGAGAUCGACUUCAAAGGCGAGCUGUGUCAGGUGCACGAGAAGAAUCACUACCGGAUGCGUUAGUGAUGUCACGCGUUCCCCCUUCCGCCCCGUCGUCCUUCCCACGGCCCCCACCAGCGCGGACCACGUGAUCUGACGGGCCGGCGAGAGUUCCUUACGCGCGAAAUGUUGUUUUUUAAAUGAGGUAAAAUAAUUUCGAGUGCGAUGAGUUUUGCGGAUUUCUGCGCGAUAAUGAACCUUAUGUAUUAUUGUGAUAGAUUUAAAAUGCUUAGAGUAGUUUCAGAAUGUGGAAAAUGUAAGUGAAAGUGUCGAUAUGUGUAGUAUGGCGACAUUAGUGAGACGAGUUGUUGUAUCUGCAUGAAGGUAAAUGGUUGGUGAAAUAAAAUCAUGUUAUAUAGGGGCCACACUAAGGUUAUUUUCAUCGCCUUAUAUCGCACGGAAUAAGGCGUAUAAUUCUGCGAUAAAUUAAAAUGUCUACUGCCUAUGUCAAAUUAUUGUGAGUUCUUGAUUCAAGAUAUUCUGAUAUUUUAUCUGCUUACUGGAUGUUGUGAAAUGACUGGUAAACGGUGGAAGCGUCAAUAUAAAAGAAGUGGCUAUACAUAAGGUGCACUUACACACUGUUUCCAGGCAUGCUAUAACUAACGUCAUGAAACGUUUACCCGAAGUGAACGUCAUUAUACGUUUUUUGAAAAUUUACUUCAUUAGACGUUAGUGUGGUUAUGAUGCGGGGCAUUAAAGAAGCAAAAUAUAGUAAUUAUCUUAGAUGUAUAAAAUCAGUGCUGCGAUAUUUUGCCGCACUAGUUGUCUUUUAUAACCAUGGUUUAUUAGCAUUUAACCAUUGAAUGCUUUUAUUGUGUAAUAAGAAUGACUAUAAAAUCCACAAUGUUUAGAAUGUUAAUAAAAAAAAAAAUAUAUUGUAUUCUAGUCUUGAUAAUUCAGUUAGAAACCAACAACUCGUCUCAUUGAUUUAUCUAUAGGAGUAUUUGAUACAUUGUAAGAAUAAAGAGGAAUUAGUAAAUAGAUAAAGCGUCAGAAAUUUCCAAAAUUGUAUAGCAUACAUCGCACUGAAACCUAAGAUAUUGAUUUAUAAGUAUUUAACGUCAUAGUAUUUUUGGUACUUGUUUUUACAAAUAUCUAAUGAUAUGAUAGAUGAUGCAAUGCUGUAAUUUGUGUGUAAGGAACUCUACGGCCCACCUAACUUGUGAAUAACCCAGUGGUAUAUAACUUGUGUAUCUGCAAUGGCAGUUGUGAAAGCCACUGUUACUGUUAGCGUUUUAUAUGAAGCGAUGGUCAUGUUAACUUUGUUUUCAAUGUUCCUCAAUUUUCAUAUAUGGCUGGAGUAUAUCGUUUUAAAUCUGUGUUCAAAUGUAAUGAACAGUGGUCUGAGAUGUAAUAAAAACACAGAAGUUAGUUUGUUUUUUUUUUAAUAAAUAUCUUUUUACCGGCUUAAGAAAAGCUCAUGAUAAGCAACACAACAGCGCGUUGAUCCCAUAUAAAGUCACGCAUGAAGCCUCUUAUGGACUUGCGCAUGAGCAGGUAUAAGCGGCUCAUAUUAUUUAAGCUGAAGUACUUGUGCUUGAGUACUUACCGUCGCAACGUCCGUACAGCUCUUGUAGAGCAACUUUUCGUGUUCUUGUUAAGACACUCGAUAGGUACUCGAGGUUUAAUGUUGGUAGUUCGUUGGGGAGCCCGUAUGAUAUAGUAUGCUCGUAGCUCCACGAAUACAUUGUAGCACAGCUAUUUCAGGAUUGAAGCUCGAUCAGACGUUUCAUUUUGUUUCUAUAAACUCGCGCUGAGAAAUGAGCCUCUGAUUCGCUUGAGUUUGCGCAAAUCGAUACUUGGCUUUAGGCGACGUGUAUCAACGUUUCACUGCUGACGGUACCCAUACGUUAAUGCUAGCUAUUGAACGGUUUCUCAGUAUUACUAAUAUUAACUUGCAUAGACGUCACUGUUUGCCAUUGACUUUUACGUCUUUCGGUUGACUCCAGCAUUGGAAGCAUAUCUCAAGGUCACAGAUAUAGAAAUUGAAUAGCAAUAGUUUUAUAAAAUUGACUAUUUUGGUCAAAAUCAAAGCGACUGUGGCUUAUGGGGUCAUUAGGCUGCACGAUCGACUUAUCAUUCUUGUGCCGGUAUUGAUUCGAUAACUGGAUAGCGCAUAGUACAUUUUCUAUGUCAAUGCCUAAAGUAUAUGACGCGCUGUUAAAUGUUGCUCAACAUGUUGCGCGUUAUAUAUCAUCUAGAAAACAAAGUAAUCGUAAUACCAACAUUUGUGAUAUGUUCGUAAUUUUUGGCUGUUGUGCUUUUAACAUUGAUCUAAAAUUCAUAAAAAGUACCACAUAUAAAAUAGUACUGACUGCAAAUUAGUCGAUAAAGUGAAAAGGAAAUAGUAUAGUGUAGCUCUUGUCUAAUGCUUGAAGUAUAAAGGCUGGAUAUAAACGAAUUUUUUAUCGAUAAGGCGAUGGUCGCUGUGCUGUGUGCUUAGAAUGAGACAAAAAAAAGACUUCGUGUCGUUUAAUUGGAUUGGUUGAGACUAACACGUGACAGACGUUUUGGUCUCGAUCAAAGAUUAGAAUUAACGAUAUCAACAUGUCUUUCUUUGGAACAUUUUAAGAGACCUGUGUAGCUUUUCGUGUAAGUUCAUUUUAUUUUUAUUUAAAACAAAGUACUGAUAGUUUUUAAUAAAUAAAAUUCCGAUUAAUGAGUGUGUGUCACAAUAUCUGUCCAUUUAUUUUGUAUUGAAUAGACAGGCAAAAAAAUAGAUAUUUUCCGUUAUAUUUCUUAUUGCUGGGGUCUCCCAGUAAUUUUUUCCUAAUAAUUAGAGAUGUUCCGACUAGUCGGUAAAGCUAUCUAUCCGGCCACUUUCGUAGUCUGCUACUAGUCGGCGACUAUCGUGAUUCCUACUUUGUAUGUAUUUCUCAUUGAAAUGUAUACAGUGGAAAUAGUAUUUUUGCUAUUUUUCCCUGCCCACUAUGAAAAAAUAUCAUUUGGCAAUUGAUAAAAAAAAAUCCAUACAUGAGACUUUAUUUUUGACAUUUUAUUUUAAUUGAGCUAUUUUACUUUAAUCAACAAUAGUCUAUUUUUUACACAAAACCACUGCUCUGACCCGUACAAAACGAAGGAUCACGAAAAUUGCCGGAUACUCCCGAAACCGUGAUUGGCUUGGUCGACUAGUCGGCCGACUGGUCGGCUUCUCUACAGCCGAUUAAUCGACUAGUCGGUCAAAUUUAUAGUCGGCACAACAGAUUAUAUUUAAUGUACAGAUCAAUGGUACAGAUACAAAUAAUCUACGAUUAUAUUCUUUUUAAAUCUUAAUGUUUUUAAAAAUGAUUGUCAGUCUCCAUUAAACUUUUCUGCAUAGAUAACCCUUGCUGCGCCAUCUCAAAAAUCCACCUUAUAUGACUGUGGAAUGACAUGCCGGACGUCCUGUUAAUACGUGGUCUCAAGUUCCUCUUCCUCUCGCUCUCAAAUUACGGAUGUUAUGGAAGGAAAGCUUUGAGAGCCGUAUAAGCAAAAAGGGGAUUUUCGACUCUUACCAAUCCCGCUAUCAAAGCUGCUUUUCAAUUAGAAUGCCUAUAGUUGCAAAAUUACGAAUUCACCUCCGUAGACAGGAUAAGACUUGAGACUAUAUUCGAGUACAUAAUGGGUAAUGACAAUAGAUUCCCCCAACCGCAUAUUUUAGGACAGUACAAAGUGAUUGUUAAAAUCGACUCUAAGUUGGCUGCGAUUAAGGUUUUUGUUUGAUAUGGCGAUGAGAUUUUAUAAGGUCAUGGUUCAACGAACUUUGGGCCAUUAAGUAAUAUCUAGGUUGAUCCUAUAAGCGGUAGACGCAUACUAAUUUAAUCAAGGUUUAAAAUGGGGAGUCCACUAUAUUACAGUAAGAAAUAAAUGAAAAUAAAAUGAACUGUAUUAAUUAAGAUUGUUUUCUGAUUAUUUGUAUCGAGCCGCCUAGAUGACUAGACACAUGAUUUCAUUUUUAUUUCAUCUUAUGUAAUAGAUUACUGACGGUUUUAGUUGCAGACUUUUUUAUCUAUGGUGUGUUUUGAUUGGACUUAUCGUAAUUUUAUAUCAAUAUCGUGGAUCGGCGUUUUGUAAAUAUUCAUUGAAUGUGUUGAAGUUUGAUUAUGGUUGAAAACCUAAUACCGCCCCUUCUCUAUUUCCUUGGUAAUUUUCUGUUUAAAAGUAGAUGCGAUCACUUUUUGGAUAAGCCGUCGGUAGCUUAACAAUUACUUUUAAUAGUUUUUCUGCCUAGGUUUCGUUGUAUGAACGUGCCUAUACUGGAUAUAGCAAAUUGACAGACUAUAGUGCUUUAUAGUUGUGAUACGAAUUUGAGCAUUGAAAUUAUAAGUCGGACAAUUGCAUGAAUUAUAUUUUUCACACAGUCUCGGAAGAUAUACUUAUCUUGAGAUAAGUAUAUCUUCCGAUAGUGUCUAAAGUUACUACUUUAGACACUAUCGGACUGUACGAAAGCCAUGGGUUUAAUUCAGGGUUAACUUAACUCCAUAAUUUGUGGGGAAAAUUUAAAAUGAAAUAAAUGCACCUAAAACCGUCAGUAAUAUUGAAUAUGAUAUUAAGUAGAUAUUACGAAAGGAUUUUAUUCUUACUCAGAUAACUCGUCAACGGUCACGUCAUGGGCGUAGCCAGGGGAUUCAAAAUCCGGGGGUAUAGGGAUUCAAAAUCUCCCGAAAUAAAGUUUAUCAACUAACAAUUGAUUGGUUUUACUUUUUUAAAGCUGACAAUCUGUAUUUUUUUUUCAUCUUACUAUGAAUAUCAUGCAAUGCACAUUUUUGUUGUUUUAUUUUGUCACCUCCCUUCUCCCGAUACUAAAACUUGGCUAUGCCCGUGGGUCAUGUGACCUGUAUUUUGUACGAUGUAGCGAGAAAGCGUGUAUGAAUGAAUAACGGUGGAUAAAUGCGUACCUAUGA